GAAGCAGAGCGAGCAAUUGCUCCGAAGUCAACUGUUUCCGAGUAUCGGCUUCACUGUCGCUCGAUCUCUUAGUUUCAGUUAGAACUGUCAGUGUUGGAAUACUUUGGUUACACAACAACGCAAAUAUAAUCACUAUAUUUGGCAUAUAUGUUUUCGUGGCUAAGAACGUGAUUAAGAAUCAUUUUUGUUUCGGAAGACAAUUUGUCUCUUCUUUCCAUCAUGUUUCAACGAAUGUCAAAAGCUCUGUUAACCAAAGAGAUGAGAGAUUAUUUAUUGAGCACUCAUUUCUGGGGCCCGGUGUUCAACUGGGCGAUACCCAUAGCGACUAUAUCCGACGCACGAAAGCAUCCGAAAAUCAUUAGCGGCAAAAUGACAGUAGCCUUGACCCUGUAUUCGAUGGGGUUCAUGCGAUUCGCUUUCAAAGUAAAACCGCGAAAUUUGUUGCUGUUCGCGUGCCACAUCGCUAACGUCGGAGCCCAACUCACGCAAGGUUACAGAUUUCUCGACUAUCACUAUAUUCAACAGAAAGAGCCCGAUCAGAAGGAAUGACGUAGGUAAUCAUUAGCUUUGCGAAAAAAUUAUCUGCGAAUGUGGUUGCGAGUGCAAAAUGAUGCAAAAUUAAAAUAAAAUCUGUUUCUUCAUAUUUCACAAACUAGAAGGUAAUGAAAAGUGACAAUUAAAUAUGUAUAUAGCAAAAUGACAAAAUAAUAUAAUUCCGAUGGAGAGACGUCGCAACUAACUUUUUCUAAACAAUAAAUUAUAAAUUAUAAAUUUAGGGCGUAUAAAAAAAUGUCAAAGGAGAUAAAAAGAAACUCCUUCAAUUUUUUUUCAUUCUUGCAUCAUCAUGUGUGUAAAUUAUAUGCGCGAAUAUAUGUAUGUAUAAAUAAAAUAUUAUUAUAAAUAUAUAAAUAUGUUCUCUCCGUUAUCGGAGCAUCUUAGCAACGCUCUGAUAAUCAAACCUCAUCGUUGCUCAACAGUGUUUUAUUUCAACAAUUUAGAUUUAUGCAAACAAUAGCGCUGCAUUAGAUUUAACUACUGCAAAUUAUUAAAAAAACGUGCGCG